AGGGCCGAGCGGGGCCGGCGGGGCCGGGAGGGGAGGUUUGAGCCACACUGAGCUCAGGGUUCGCCGGCGGCGGCGGGGCUGGGGGUGGCGAGGGGAAGGCGACACUCGCUCGGCGCCGCCUUCGUGCAGAGCGACCGGGAGGGUUUUGCAGCGGCCGCCGCCGCCGCGGCGGGAGGAGGGGUGGAGGUAGCUUCGGAGUUGUCCGGAGAAGGUGGGCAUUUCUCGGCUUUCCCACCCCCUCCCCUAGCCUCCCCCCUCCCCUGGUCUUCCCCUCCCUCCUGCCCCGCACCCCACGUGAAGCGGAAUAUAAAGGGGGGUGUGAGGCUAGAGGGGAAAGUGAAUGGCGAAGGACUGAAGGGGUCUCCCCUUCGGGUCCCCGGCUGUUCUGUUCACCCUCGUUCAUCCUCCCUUCCCGAAGCUCGCCCUCGAAGGCAGAAGCGGCCGGCGCCUUCAGCUGAGAAGGAGGAGGAGGAGGAGGAAUCGCGCCGGGCGGAGCGUCAGGUCCCGUUUUCCUCCUCGGCGUCUUGAAUACAAAGAUUACGGUGCAGAAGGAAAUUGCACUCGCCUCCUCCGCCCCCCGGUACCCAGCACAAUGCACCAGCCGCCCGAGUCCACCGCCGCCGCCGCCGCGGCCUCGGCCGCUGCAGACAUUAGUGCUAGGAAGAUGGCGCACCCGGCAAUGUUCCCUCGAAGGGGCAGUAGUGGUGGCAGCGCCUCUGCUCUCAAUGCAGCAGGUACCGGCGUUGGUAGUAGUGCCCCAUCUUCCGAGGAUUUUCCGCCUCCGUCGCUGCUCCAGCCGCCACCUCCUGCAGCAUCUUCUCUGUCGGGACCACAGCCUCCGCCUCCACAAAGCCUGAACCUCCUUUCGCAGGCUCAGCUGCAGGCACAGCCUCUUGCGCCUGGCGGAACUCAAAUGAAAAAGAAAAGUGGCUUCCAGAUAACGAGCGUGACCCCGGCUCAGAUCUCCGCCAGCAUCAGCUCUAACAACAGCAUCGCAGAGGACACCGAAAGCUACGAUGAUCUGGAUGAAUCUCACACAGAAGAUCUGUCGUCUUCCGAGAUCCUUGAUGUGUCACUUUCCAGGGCUACCGACUUAGGGGAGCCUGAACGCAGCUCCUCAGAAGAAACUCUCAAUAACUUCCAGGAAGCCGAGACACCUGGGGCAGUCUCUCCCAACCAGCCCCCCCUUCCUCAGCCUCAUCUGCCUCACCUUCCACAACAGAAUGUUGUCAUCAAUGGGAAUGCUCAUACCCACUCCCUCCAUCACCACCCUCCCAUUCAUCACGGGCACCACCUCCAUCACGGGCACCACCAUCCAUCCCAUGCCGGUGUGGCCAGUACACCCAUUCCGGGAGGGCCGCCCUCAAGCCCAGUAUCCAGAAAACUGUCUACAACUGGAAGCUCCGACAGUGUUAUGCCAGUUGCACCAACUUCUGCCGUAUCAUCGAGUGGCUCACCUGCAUCUGUAAUGACUAGUAUCCGUGCUCCGAGUACAAGCGGCAGUAUAGGUAUAAAUUCUGUUACAGGCACUAAUGCGAUGAAUAACGUUAACAUUACGGCUGUGGGCGUUUUUAAUCCUAAUGUGACCAGCGGCAUGCUUGCUAAUGCUAAUUUAAGUGCGAGCAGCAUUCCCAGUGCUGCCGGUGUGAGCGUUGGGCCUGGAGUGAGCAGCGGUGUUAACGUGACUGUCUUGAGCGGCCUGGGCGACGGUACGAUUUCGUCCUCCGCUCUCAUUAACAGCACUGCCAGUGCAGCUGCAGGGAUGACUGUAGGAUCAGUUUCAAGUCAGCAGCAACAACCAACAGUUAACACGUCCAGGUUCAGAGUUGUGAAGUUAGAUUCGAGUUCUGAGCCCUUCAGAAAAGGUAGAUGGACUUGCACCGAGUUCUAUGAAAAAGAAAACGCUGUCCCCGCCGCCGAAGGGGUGGUGAUAAAUAAGGCAGUGGAAAGCGUAAAACAAAACCCGACAGAAGUGGCUUGUGAGAGGGAGAGCACUAGCGGGAGCUCAGUGAGUAGUGUCAGCACACUGAGUCACUACACGGAGAGUGUGGGAAGCGGCGAGAUGGGAGCCCCAGCUGCCGUGGUGCAGCAGCCGCCCGCUCUUCCAGGUGUCGCCCUCCCGCAGAUGGACUUCAGCAGCGCUGCUCCGGCGGGCAUUUCAGCAGCUAGUGUACCACAGAGUGUUUCUCAGUCACAGAUCUCGCAAGUACAGUUGCAGCCUCAAGAACUGAGCUAUCAGCAGAAGCAGGGUCUUCAACCAGGACCUCGGCAAGCCGCUCUCAGUGCUGCAGCUGGUAUCCAGCCAUCACCUGUGAGCGUGGUGGCUGUAACUUCAGCUCUAGGUCAGCAGCCUUCCGUUUCCACCCUGGCUCAGCCCCAACUGCCGUAUUCUCAGGCGGCCCCUCCGGCGCAAGCUCCCCUGCCAGGGACAUCACCCCAGCAGUUACACUAUGGACAGCAGCCGCCGGCUCUUUCCACACAGGUGGCCCCAAGCCACGGUCCGUCAGUGACUCCGAAUCCUACUUCCGAGUAUGUUCAGCAGCAGCCGAUUCUGCAAACGGCAGUGUCCUCUGGACAGCCCACUUCUGCGGGGGUGGGAGCAGGAGCCGCGGUGAUUCCUAUGGCUCAGCCACAGAGCAUCCAGCUGCCAGUGCAGCCCGCAGCAGUCCAGGCGCAGCCCUCAGGGGCAUCUGGCCAACCUGCUGGCCAGGCGCAGACGGCAGUAUCUGCUGUACCUCCUGGCAGUCAAAUUGCAAAUAUUGGUCAACAGACAAACCUACCUACAGCAGCGCAGCAGCCCUCUACCCAAGUCACACCUUCAGUUAUCCCGCAGGGUGCUCCUCCGUCUUCACAGAUAGUUCCACCCGCUCAAGCUGCGAUUCUUCAUCAGGGAGUUCAAGCUAGUGCUUCAAGCCUUCCUCAACAGUUGGUCAUUGCACCCCAGAGUACCUUGUUAACUGUGCCUCCCCAGCCGCAAGGAGUAGAGCCAGUAGCUCCAGGAGUUGUUUCGCAGCAGUUGCCUGCAGUUAGUCCUUUGCCCUCUGCUAGCAGUAUUUCUGUUACGAAUCAGGUUAGUUCAGCUGGUCCUUCUGGAAUGCCUUCUGUCCCAACAAACUUGGUUCCAUCACAGAAUAUAGCACAAGCCCCUGCCACUCAAAAUGGUAAUUUGGUUCAAAGUGUUAGUCAGCCUCCCUUGAUAGCAGCAUCUAAUAUAAAUUUGCCUUUGGCGCAGCAGAUACCACUAAGUUCUACUCAGUUCUCUGCACAAUCAUUAGCUCAGGCAAUUGGAAGCCAAAUUGAAUAUGCCAGGCGCCCAGCGGAUCCCUCCUUAGUUGGCUUACCUCAGACUAUCAGUGGUGACAGUGGGGGAAUGUCGGCAGUUUCAGAUGGGAGUAGCAGCAGCCUAGGAGCCUCUGCUUCUCUUUUCCCGUUGAAGGUGCUACCGCUGACGACACCCCUGGUGGAUGGCGAGGAUGAGAGUGCUUCUCUCCUACCAGAGGUGCAAGGAGUGAUCCUAGAACCACAGAUACAGCCAAGACCACGGAGAGCUUUUGACGUCAGGGGUCCACUUUCUCCACUGAACCCUUGGAGGCAGAAUAUCCAGCUUCUGGAGAGAGUUGGGAAAGGAUAAUAAACAAAUUUCUUUCAACUGGUAAACAUCAUACUUCAGCAAAAGGAACUCUUCUAGCAGAGCCUUCAUGGAUGAUAUCUGUCACACAUGCAGCAGCUGCAGUUUGGAAGGCAGUGGUGAACGGAGCCAUGCAUUAUAUCUAGAAGACACAAGGAUGAGAGAGCCACCUGAUCUUGUCAUUGAUAAACUUUAAGAUUUACUCUGGUGUACUCUUGGUCUGGAAACGGAAAGGCUCAAAUAAUGACGUAAUUUUUUCAGACUGGAAUUUUACAUGGCCAUGAAAAUAUUCCUUUUUAUUCAGAAGACUGAAAUAGAGGAAGCAUGAGAGACACCUUUCUUUAAAAAGCAGCUCUCUGUAUCUGUUUCACUUAAAAGAUUUGUGGGAUUGAAAAUCACCUUAAUGAAGCAGGCAAACUUUUUAUUUUUUAGUAGUCUGGGAGAUCCAAAAAACUUAAUGAAAUUGUCUUUUGUUGCCUGACACUGAAAGGAACUAGGAAAUACAAAGGGUGAACUUCUUAAUUAUUCCCAAAUUACUCUUAAUAUUAGGAUGCACUUUUUAAACUUUUUCUAGUCUUGAGCCUUAUUCUUAUUUGUCAGAAGGAUUCCAGUAUAGGAGUAGAGACGUCUUUGAGUUCAGUCUUCUAAAGUAGUAAAUACCUGUUAAACUUGAGGUAUCGUUCUGCAUUGCAGGCAUUCUAAAGUUGAAUGAUACUGAAAAAAAGAGGUAUUUUAUAGAGCAAAAGCAAUUAGUAGUAGUAAGAUAAGCCUCUAUGUGUGAAUAAGUGUUGCAGGAUAGUUAUCCGAACUAUCGAUAAAUUGAUGGCAGUAGUGAUCAAAAUGUUUUAUUUCUCUUUUUGGUAUCUAUUUAACUGGUCAGUCAAAAGCUGUUAAAGAAGUUUUUAAAAGUUAUGCAAUGCUGCCAGUUUGUUUUAUUUGGUAUAAAUUUUAAGAAUAGAAAUUCUAGAGAUAAUAAUAUGGAAGCAUCUAAAUGUCUUAGGAAUCUUAAAGGUUUUGGAAACCACAUUUGCUAGAUUAUAACCUGGCCUUUAGUCUUUCUCGGCUAUUUGUGAGACCUGUUUUCCCCUCAUUUAUUAUAAAUAAACUUUUGUAUGUACAGUACUAAAAAGUAAGUUUAAAAGAUCAAUUUGAGCUAAAAUUUCCCUAUAGAGCUCUGAAUUCCCAUAAACAAUUACAGCUUUUUACUCUUGAUUUGUUUUUUGUUAAAAGUUAAUAAGAUAGUUGUUACAAACACAUAUAAAUUAAAAAACAACUACUCACUCAACAUUUUAGAAAGAACCCAGGGAACUGAAAGUGAGAUUUGCUUGGAAAUUUAGUUGAACUCUUUGAACCGCAGUACAAACGAGUUUAUGGCCUGUGAGGUUAUUAGCCUUUUGUUUCCUUUUUGAAGAAGUGAUUUAAACUCUUAAUCCCGUUAAUCUCAAGCUUUGAUUAAAUUUUAGCUUUGUUCCUUAAAGUGUGCAAAAGAAAUGUAAGUGCAUUUCUAUUCGUCUCAUGCCACUAAAAGCUAUUUAAAAGUGAAACUUUAUGUAUAUUACUGUGAACUGAUGUGUUAAACUUUUAUUUUGAUACAUUUUCCUUUCAGAUUUUUAAAUAUUUCGUGUCAC